AUGAAGAGAAAGUGUAGGAUUUGGCUGCCUAAGCAGCUGGCAUCAGACGAUGAUUUGACUCACAGUCUACUGUUUGGAUGGUUCGUAAGCCAUUCCUCUGCUUGUCUUGACGUUGUCGUUGCCUUCAUCUCCGACGAAAACUCCAUUUCCAGCGACGGAUCUAAGCUCCAAGACGUACUCCUUGGAACAAAUAAGAAGAUGCCUUCGACUUUGCGGGAGAAGGCAACAUUUACGCUUCUUGGUCGAUAUGAUCUAUGCCUUAACGCCAAUGGAAACUCAUCUAAGAGUAAGAAAGAUAAUUGCAGUAAGGCUGGAGCUUUUGGUAGCCUCUGUAGAUGUAGUAGCUUAAGCUGUGGUUGUCAUAGGGUUGAUGGCUUAUUAGAGGAUUUCAAGAAAGAUUCUGUGAGCAGUCACUGGAUUCAUAUGGUGCACGAUUCUUCUUCGGAGCGUAGAGUUAUGGAAUUCGAUUCGAGUUCUAGAUUGCAUCAUAUACAUUGGAAUGGGGAGAUUGUAUCUCAAUGUGAUGUACACGUUAUAGUCUAUGAAACUCCAGAGUUUGGCUCUCACCAUUUCUCGUUAAGAUUUUGGAAUUCUUCUCCUCAGAUGAUAGCUCCUCUUAAGAAACCCAAGUGGGUUGAUGAUCUUCACAAGAGGCAACCUCUGAAUGAUAUGGAAACUGUGAUUCUUUCCUUAAAUUGCUCUUCAGCUGCCAAGACGGCCUAUAAGAAGAUAUCUAUGCAGCUGGACACAUCUUCCCGGAACUUCUCCAUUAGUUGCUUGAUAUCUUCUUUGACAUGGUGGUUACUCGCCAUAAUUUUAGGCUCUUUGUCAAGUCUAUACCAUAGCCUUAUCCAGUUCUUCUAUGUACUUUCAAGCUCUCCGAUUUUCCCAUGGGUACAUAUCGCAUCAAGGAAGGUGCUCAAGAAUACAUGGAUCAACUUCAGAGUACGCAGUUGUCAGAUCUUAUACUGGCCAAUCUUCCUUCAAGAGAAUGACAUGACGUCCAUAUCCUGUGUGGAACAUGCAGAGAAAGCUGCACUGCAGAGACAUUCUACAUGGUCAGCCAUGGCUGUUGAUCUUGUUUUGGGAAACUUGAUUGGUCUAAGUCUAUUGUUCAACACCGAAUCCAUCUGCUGGUGGAUAUUCAACUUUGCAAAGGAGUUUACGAAUGAUAUUCUGCGAUCUGGUUGUGUUUGGUUGAUGGGAGUCCCAGCGGGUUUUAAGCUGAACACAGAGUUGGCUGGAGUCUUAGGCAUGGUGUCUCUUAAUGUAAUCCAGAUAUGGUCUACUCUCUGGGUCCUCAUGGCCUCUCUCAUCAUCUAUUUGAUAAGAGUAGUUGCCAUUAUGGGAAUCACUUUUGGUGCAACAGUAUCUGCUGCAUUCGUCAUAGAUGCUAUUACUUUUGCAACAUUUCAUAUAACUGCUCUUCAUUGGGCGAUCACACUUGUCUACUCCCACCAAAUUCAAGCUUUAGCAGCUUUGUGGAGGCUUUUCAGAGGGAGAAAAUUGAAUCCUCUACGUCAAAGGUUGGACAGCUAUGGUUACACUGUGAAGCAGCAUGUAGUGGGAUCUCUAUUGUUCACUCCUCUGCUGCUUCUCUUGCCAACAACUUCAGUCUUCUACAUCUUCUUCACCAUCACGAGCACGGCGAUCAACUCCAUAUGUAUGCUGAUCGAAUUCGCAAUCUCUGUCAUCCAUGCAACACCAUAUGCCGAGAUUUUGAUUUGGCUUGUCAGGCGUAAAAGAUUCCCUUCUGGUGUUUGGUUUGAGAUUGAACGCAAUGGUUUUGAAGUCAGAAGCAGUACAGUAUCCAAAAGUGUACUAGAUGAACAUACUAUUCCUGAGAAGAAAUCAUCUCUAAUGGUUUCCAAUCUUCGCAGCAAUUUUCUAAGCAUGGGACAGAUUCUUUUGCCUCACUAUACAACAAUAUAUUCAGGAAUCUCGGCUUCUUCUCUGACUUCAUCAGCUCGUGGAGUCCUUAGUGGGAAAAGAAUGCCAUCAAAACUGGGGCUUGAUCUUCCUCCUCCAAGGCCAUGGAUGCACAUUCCAUUGAGAGAGUAUUGGACCCUAUGCCAUAGUUCCAUCAUCUCAUCAGCGGAAAACAAGGAAGCCUCUAGUUGA